UUUUAAAGCGUCGGGGACGGGGAGAACAGGGAGGCGACCGCAGAAAUACAAUGAUCUCUGGAACCGGGAACGACAAUCCGAAGGCCGACUAUCUCCAGUACGACGCGAGCUACUGCCCCGACUCCCCCGUUCCAUCCUCUCCGGGAGCCGCGCAGCUGAGCAGGCGGCGGGACACGCAGACCACCAGCGGCAGCAUCAACCCGGAGGGGAGCGGCAGCAUCCAGCCCCUGGUCUCCUCGGCCGCGGCCGCCGCCUGCAUCAUGACAUCGGGGGAGUUCAUGCAGAGCGCCCCGCUGCUGGCGCACAGGUCCAAGAGGAGCCUGCUGUACAAGGCGCUCUGCUUCCUCCUGCUCGUCUUCCAGGGCGGCGUCCUGGACUUCUACCUCAUCAUCUUCACCGACCUGUACUGGUGCUCGUGGAUCGCCACGGACCUGGUGGUGAUCUCGGGCUGGGGCAUCUUCUUCAUGAAGAACGCGCGGAGCAAGCGGGAGCGGGCCUGCGGCUUCCACCAGAAGGGCUCCAUCUUCGGCUGCAACCUCGGGGAGUUCACCUACGCCUACCUGGCCUGGCUCAUCUACGUCAUCGCCUGCACGCCCAAGGUGGUGCUGAUCAUGGAGACCUCCAUCCUGGACCUGGUGGCGCUGAAGGUCCCGUGCGGCGCCACCGGCUUCAAGAUCGUCGUGCUGCUCUCCGCGCCGCUGCUCUUCUGCCUCAUCAACUCCAUCAUCGAGGACUUGAACGGGGCGACGCGCCACCACUCCCACUGCUGCUUCACGAGGACCUGCCUGGACCUGCUGGACAGCUUCACGCUGGUGGAGCUGCUGCUGCGGGACGAGAUCCCCACCGCGUACCUGCAGUACACGGUCAUCUCGGUGUACUUCGUGGCCCUGGCCGUGCCGGUGGUCUGGCUGUACGAGCUGACCGCGUCCGAGCUGCGCUGCCGGUGGCUGUGGGCGCGCUUCUCCGCGGGCCUCCUGGUCAACGCGCCCCUGCUGGUGGUCAGGUGUUUCCAGGUGUACGUGUACCACAUGCCGGUGUCGGUGUUCAUGUUCAAGAACAUCUUCUUCCUCGUGUGCACGCUGCUGGAGCUGGUGGAGCAGUGCGCGGCGGUGCGCGGGGCGCGGAGGCUGACCGGCGGCGGCAACCCGGCGCAGUUCUCGCACGGCGUGUCCGAGAACGACAUGUGUCCGCACGGGUACGUCAACACCCUGGCCGUCACGCAGUCCUAGAGCCCACUGCGUCUUCUACGCGCCCGGCAGCAUCUGGGAAUUGGAAAACCUCUGCUCCCAGAUGUGGCGUCAUUUGGAGGAUCCCUUACGUGAAAAGCAGAGCAGCAGCAGAACUACAUUUCUUCACCUGUGUGGGGAAAACAUUUUUUUUACUUUGUGCAAUUUGAUUUGAAAUUGAAUCCUGGGGGGAAAAUAGGAAAACAGGCUCAAGUUACAGCAUCACCUCACCUAAACACAGAGUAUUGCUUCCAACCCUCCAGGGCUCAACACGGGGACAGGGCUGGAUUCGAAAAGUGGUCCCCAUCUCGGUCAGUAAAGACUUUGUUGCUUCUAUGAAAGAAAAGGGCCAAAAUACACAUUGAGGUGCAUUACUUUGUCUACUUGCAUCGUAUCUUUAAAGGCUGUUUACUCGAAAGGCAUUUUUUUCUCAUUCUGAGCCAGAAAUCUCCAUUUACGUGCAUCAAAUUUUCCAGUUCAAUCCCUGUCUAUAAACUAGUUUUUAAGAGGAGAGAUUUGUUGUUAUAUAAUCCAAAGCCUGAUUUAUAUAACAUUUUAUUUAAAAAAUAUGAACAAAAUUUCUUUUGACAGUGAUUUUCUGAUUAAUGCAGUGAUAAAUUUAAAAAAAGCGAUUUCCAAAAGCCAAUCUGUCAAAACCAAAGUUUAGCUGGUCAAACAAAAUGAACCUGGCUUCAUCCAAUUCAUUCAGAUUUCUGUUCUGAAAACAUUGUCCUAAGUGUGAGUGAUGGUCCGGGGAGGUUUCAUGGUGAUAUCCGUUUGUUCGAAUGGUCCGGCCCGUUCCUCUGUUGUGUCUUACAUCAGCCGAGUGUUGAAACUUCCCUGCCACACUGGACCUGUCUGACAGAUACAGGCCUUGUGGAGGCGCCAUGGGGGCAGGCAGGGGCUCAACAGAGGCCAACUGUUUGUUCAGCUCCACAUUCAGUCUACCACAGAACUUCUUUACAACAACAAAAAGAGUUCCUACAUGUUCUUUAGAUUAUUCCCAGUUACAGGGACAGACAUUGUGGAAAGAGAUGCUUUUAGAUUGUGACGGGCAUGAACUGAAGACCCAUCUAGGUGCAGCCAGAGAUCUCAGAGAAAAAAAUAUACACCCAUUAAUGCAGCUCUACCUUUCAAAUAUAUCUAUGUAUAUAUUUGCUGUUGAAUUGCAAAAAAAACCUAUGUUUAAAAGCUCUCAAAAAGCAGGAGCUGUGUGCUAAUACCUCGAAGAGCAUCUCCUCUUUUGUUGUCAGUCUGGUAGAAAAGAUCACCAUUAUGAAAACAGCCCGUCUGCUCUGUUUUAAAGGGUCAUGUGCAAGAACUCUGCAAAUAUGUAUUUCCUUUGUUGAUAUCUCAUAUUUAUGCCUGGGACCGGAUCAUCGGCUAUAAAUUGAAGUGCCAUAAAGGACCAGCUGCAGGGCCCAUUUAAUCUGAAACAGGGCCGCUACUUAGUGAGAAGUUCCAGUGCACUCCAGUGGAACUGCCUUGGGGCCAGUGUGGUGUGUAUAUGACCCAACCACUCACAUUCUCCCGAUGCAGUCGCCUGCUAGGUGCACAUCCAACCACGACCACACAUCAUAGGACGCACACAAAAAAGGGAAUAAUCGAAAGAUUAUUAUCCAAAGCAGUUUGAGUCCGUUUACAGCACAUGGUUUGUUGCUGUGUUCGUCUGACGUCGCAUUUCGAAAUUGAUGAAUGGUCCUGACCCUGACGAGAUUCAAGUUGUUUUCAAUGUUUUUUUUUCAAUUCUAUGGACACACCUGGAACGCAUCAUCUGCACCAGCCUUACAAUGCCCCCCCCCCCCCCCCGGCCAGUCUACAGGUGCUACUGUCAAACAGCUUACGAUGAAGGCAGGACAGACUGCAGUGUUGUGCGUUGGACCUCGUUCAGUUCUUUGUGUCCAAUCUGAGACUUUCCACCGCUGCACUUGAAUCAAGUACAGCGCCACAGCAUCCGGACUGUGUGAAAGUGCAAUUUGAAGAAUCCCGACUCCACUCAUGUACUUGUACAGUGUUUUUUCUGUCGAUGAUGGUGUUAUCUGCCAAUUCUGCAAUUCCGUGUCCGGUCCCGAGGAUUAGAGUAGACGUGUGUGUGUGUGUGUGUGUGUGUGUGUGUGUGUGUGUGUGUGUGUGUGUGUGUGCGAAAGUUAAUGCCAUUGCAUAAAGACCCAAUAGUGCCGUGACAAACAGGUUUUUUCUACAGCUCUUUUAAACGGAUCCCUGGCCAACGCUGGCUCUUCUACUGUUCUACUACUUCUGUCACAAACGACAACUGGGUACUUUUCACGCUGUCAGUCACCGGCUCACAGUGUUUUCCUUCUUUGCUGAAAAGUCAAAGCCAUCAGACAAAAAAAGCUCAGCAGACUCUGAAAAGGUUCGCCACAUGUUCAACACCUGUGAGAGAGUCAACCGUGGGACUGCAUGGGAUGCCAUGUUCCUUAAAAAGUCAGUUAUGAAGGGAAAGAAGAAAUGGCUCCAUACAGCAGUAUUGAGCACACCAGAGAGAAUUGCCUCAGUUUAGCUUUAAAAUGUGCUCAUACUUGAGAGAAAGGGAUUUUGUCCAGAGACAGACUGGAGCUGGUAAAGAAAGUGGAACAUCUAGCAACUAAAGAUCCGGUUACUUUUCUCAGGAGAGGAGAGUGGAUAGUGGACUCAUUAGAUUCGUCACGUGGACGCAUGUUUCAUGUAAUGUUAUACCUAUAAUAUACUACCUGGUGGGAAGGGGCCACCGCAUACAUAAAAUCCCAUCCCCUCCUAUUUUGUACCACAACAUCCAGUGGCACACAGUCGUCCCCGACUUUGUCACUUUAUUGUAACAAUAAUGACCUUGGUAUUGUGAGGCGACCAUUUAGUGAUUUGAAAGGAGCAGCCUGACAUUCUAGGAAAAAUAGAUUUCCCGUCUUUAGAAACGGUAACGUAGAUAUUGACCAUUUUGUUGGAUUUGGAAAAUGCAGCUGGUCCUCUCUGGAAAAAACACUUCAGAAUACCUGAAUAUCUACGUUUAUGUGUUUCUGACAUGCGACCUCCAAGGUGCCAUCCGUUUCAAAGGCAGAAAUACACUCGCAUGGAAUUCCGUUCAGAAAGUUUUUUUUAGCUGGCCAAAGUGUGCGACCUUGACGACACAGACUGGUCCCAGUGCUGGAACAGAAUCACUCCAACUCUGUAGCAAAGCUGUGCCAAUUCGAGUGUCAGACCAUAACGUACAGUGUGUAUAAAAAAGAUGGACAGUGUGAACUUGACCAAUCGCAAGUCAAUCUCAGCUGUCAAUCAUUCACCAUGUUUAAUAGUCUCAAAAAAACUAAAACAAACCAAAAUUAACACAAUCACACAAUCACUAUGAUCAGAACUACAUAAAAUGACAGAAACCUCUUUUGGAAAAGAAAUGUAUUUGACGCAUAUUUUCACUUUUUGAUUUGGCACUUUUUGGUGGCUGGCUGACCAAUGUUGCAGUCGGGCCACCAGGGGGCGAUCAUGAUGCUUUGGCUUCACUUCACAACUCACUGUAGGUAAAACAGUCCAAUAAUCAUAAUUCAGACUAUUCUGUUAAAGCGAUCCAUGUACGUCUUAAAAAAAUGAUUAGUGACACACACACAUGGUGUGUCCUACAGGUUGUGUUGAAAAUGCACCUUUUUUAGUGUACGUGUUUCUAAACUUCCACAUACAGCUGAAGAUUUACCAGUGACAUCACACGGCUUUGUUUUAACAGUGGGUAUGUCGUGGUAUUGCCAAGGUCCUCAACGAUGAGCUCUUCCAUAAGCUUACGGUAAUGUCGCGAAUGAGAGUAAAUGUGACUGAAGAGUAUGUACAGUCAAGAAGUUGUGCAAUAUGGGUCAGAGGGGUUCAGACUGAUUUUAGUGCCUGUUAUUAAUGAGUUAUGAAUGAAAUCGUCAUACACUGAGGUGAAUUUAACCACAGUGAGGAUAUCGGUGCAAUUUCACAGCUUUGUUUCCUCAGUGUGAGCGGUCAGUGAGUACGCAGGUCAGAGGUCGUUGUGACUUGUGCCUUGUGAGCGGCGUAGGACAAGUGUUCAGGGCGAGAGGCCGGGCCUCCUUCAGGGCGGUUCCAAACAGUUUCAGAGGAAGCUCAGUGAAGGGAAUAAUAAACUAAAUAAUAUAUAUUAUUAUAAAAAGGAUAUAUGAUGAUGAAAGGAUAAGGAAAUGUGUGAUUUGGUUUAACUAAUGAAGGCCUAAGGAAAGACCUCAAAUGUAUGUGGUGUAGUCUGAGGUUAUGUCAGACAGCAAUAUUAGGCUAACUUUGUUCAAUUAUUGAGUGUCAAUGGGACCAAAUAACAUAACUAUAUGAUCGAAAUGAAUCCAGAAAUCGAGCAAAACUAAGCAAAUGAACUAGGGCAGAGUGCCUGGUGCUUCUUAUCUUUUUUUUUUUAUACCAAGCGUUAUCCGAGGGGAGGCACAGUUACACAGUGACAUGCCGAGCAGAACCGCUUCUUUCUGUUUGUUUGUUGCUUAACAUGUUUUUUGCCAAAGUAUUAAGAAUGUUAUAUUCUAGACUUUUUUGAAUAACUUCCUCGUGCCAGUAAUCUCCUAAACCUUUUGCAUACGCAUCGUACUCUGUUGGAAAAGAGUCCUUUUUUUGUAUUUGCACAUGAACCUCACCACUCCAGCCCCAGUGAGGUCCAGACGUUUUUUGGAACCCGCUGUAGUUUAAUCACGAGCAGGACCAUUUAUUUACAUGAAACUGUAAACUGAAGUAGGGUGGGCCUUUAACCUGCAUGAAUGAGCACAGUUACAAUGAAACUACCAAAGGCUUGCAUGGACAUGGCUAUAUAAGGAGCCAGUCAUGCUAAACAAAUUCAAAUUAUUCCCCAAAAAAAGUUUUUCUUAAUUUGGCUACAUGGAUUAAAAAAAAACACGACAAUUUGAACAACCACAUCUUAAAAUAUAUGGCUUACCCUUUUU